CUUCAUUGUAUGAAUCUCGCUCCGUAAUUUGAAGUUGAACUUACGGCCUGCAACACCGCCAUAACUGCAGUAACAUAUGACUGCAGGAAGUACUGAUAAUCUUUUCAACCACUUCACUCUAUUCAUAUCACGAUGGCCUCAGCCGUUUGGGAUGCAGCGGAUGUGUUACAGGUUUACCAUCACCACAAAUGCAUCGGUAUCACCACAAGAAAAGACCGCUGUUCGUUGAAUAUCAAGGAACCAAGCCUUUCGGCAAUCGCUCCGUUGCUCGACCGGAUGUCGCGAAACUCUCCGGAAUUUGUUACGAAACAGACUCUGUUCCAGCUAGCUUAUUUGUGCCUCUGUGAGACUUACCAUGCAAAGGACGCGCACAAAUUCGUGGGACAUUGGACAAGCGUGGUAAACGAGGUAGUAUCCGUGGAGCGACAGAAGAUUGCCAAGCGAAACGAAGUCACGACACAAUUCCAACAGAUAUUGACAUUGCAACCGCUUGUUUUAGAACUCCAAGAACAUCUUGGUGCGGAAAGACGGGCAAAUACUGAGACACAGAAGCAGUACAAGCGGGACGUUAAAGGAUUGCAAGAUGAGAUCAUGAAUCUAGAACAAGAGCUCCAAGAAAGCAAGGAUCGUAACAAUGUUGCGGAAGGUAGAUUAGCAGCCACGAGAAGAAACCUGGAACAGCUUCAACGCCAGGCAAUGAACGAUUUGCUCGCUCGCAACAGGCUAGAAAUGGAGAACAAAUCUCUGAAAGCGGAAAUGGUCGAUGCGCAAAAGAAGCUUGAUGACUAUUUGUCGGUCAAAGAGCAGAAUCGUGAUCUUGGUGAUCAAGUCAAAUCCUUUGAGCAAAAGAUUAAACAAUACUUGGCCAUCGUGGAGGAUACAGCAAACAAAGCCAAUGCGAGCGAAGAGAAAGUCACAACUGAACGUGCUGCAAAAGAGGCCAUGGAAAACCGUUACAAGGCUCAGAUUUCUGAACAAAUGGCUGAGAUCGCAGGACUCAAGAGUCACAGGGAGGAAUUGGAACAGUCUGUUGCUCGAUUUCAAGCAAGUGUCAAGACGUGCUGGUGGCAUAGGUUCCGGGCAUGGAAGGACCGGUUUCGGGAGAGGAACAGAUCAGGGUCUUGGGUAAGUAUUACGGAUGAAUCGGCCGAGAAUGUCACUCUUAGGACAUACGGUUGAUACAUACAUAAUGUAGAACAAGUCUUUGAGGUCAAUCUUCCGGUGACUAUAGUUCUUCAACCGGUCUUAGAAUAUGACGUUCACAUAAUAGUGAUGACUAAGUCUUCACAGGCUAACUCAUUAGCAUACCCACGGAG